CGGAGCUAGUAAUUGACACGAUGAGGCCUUUAACCCUAGGAUUCAUAUUUUUAACGGUGAUAGCAUUUGCUCAUCAAGAACCAAUAGAGAGUUUGAAUCACGUUUUAGUUUACCCUAUGGAACCUGGCACGAAAAAAACAAAACGUGAAGUUACUGCCGUUAAAAGCCAACAAAAUGAAUUCAAUCAAUUCGUAGAAGAAAAACUAAUACAACUUACACAGGCACUGGAGCAUCUUGUGAAAUUGGCACAGACCAACGAGAAUACUAUAAAAGAGCUCAUAAUCACUAUAAGUAGUAAUUAUGAAAAGCCAAAACUGCCUGAAAAGAUUGAGGUACAACACAAAACCAGACGAAGUAAUAUUGUAAAAAAUGAUCCUCCUAUUGUUAGAUUUGGGAGAAACGUCCCUAAAUAUGGAAUGUUCUUCAAGGAUUUAAUAUUGGCAGAGUUGCGUAAUGAUGAGGAACCAGUAGCAGUGGCUGAACAUGUUUUAUCUACUUCUAAAAAUGAGGUAAGUGGGUUGUGAGUCUUCUGAAGCAAUAUUUAAGUAUUCGUUUCUUGUUCGUAGAAAUUAUGUGGUUUAAUUUUCUGUUGUCUCGCAUUACUUUGCUUCAGGCGACAAACCGCUCACUUACCUUAUAAACUUUUAAUAUUUAUAGCUCUUAAUAUCUUGUGUAAUAAAUUCAUGAUCCUCUU